UCGAUUCACCAUUGACAGAAGAUGGGAGGCUUGAUUGGUUAGCCAAGCUAGCUCGGAGACUCGAUUUCUGUUUUUAACUGAGCUGAAAACAUCACAUUUAUCUUACAACAUUAGCGUUAAAAUUACCGAUCGUCAGCCUUUUCUAGAAGAAAAUAUUUCCUCGCUGUGAUUCUGUUCAAAAUCAUUUCUGUAACAUCGCACCGUUAAUAGUUUGAGUAGUCAAGCUACUAGCUUGGUUCAAAGAGGAAGUCCAAACAGUCACAUGAGUGACGCCGUCACAUGAUGUUUUCCAGACGUUGCGGUUCUUGAUGGAGAGCUCAUUUCAAAAGGUAAAGUGUUCAAAAUCAUCUGUAUAUUUUACAAUAUAACAUGAUUGCCUCCAUUUGGAAUGACUUGAAUAUGUGUUUUGCUGCCUUAGCUAACUGUAGAGUGGACAGCAUUUCUAGAUUUAUUCGGAAUGGCAUAGCUAGCUAUGUUUAGUAGAAAGCUAGCAAAGCCAGGCACCAUAGCACUCCCCUAGUGCUGCUAUCCAACUAGCUAGUUACUAUUUUAUCUAUUUUAUUGAUACCUGGUUGUGUUGUCUGAGUCAGGCAUUCACUUACUAAGGACAUUCAGCCAGUGCUUGCCAAUCCUCCCCUGAAAAGCUACAGGGUUUUCAGGCAUUUGCUCCAGCCCUACUGUAACACACCUGAUUCUACUAAUCACCUUUGAUCAGCUGAAUCAGGUGUUUUAGAGCAGGGCUGGAAUAAAAGUCUGCACACUUCUCCAAGAGGAAGUGGGUUUGCAACCCCUCAGAAGGUUCAAGUGUCCAAGUGUCUAACAUCUCCAGUGUUUCCCCUAUAUUCAUUUAGCAUCUGCGAGCCGCUACUCCAAAAAAUAUGAUUUAAAAAAAGAAGUUACCUUUUAACAGUUCAUAUUCUGUUAACUCAUACCCAAAUAAUGUUGUUGACUCAGCCUAUAUUUGUAUUUGUGGCCAAAGCAUAAAAUAAAAACACUUCAAAAACCCCACCUCAAACAAAAAAAAAAAAGCUUGCUAUUUCGUGAUAGUGUGAUGUAAUACUCCUCAGGAGGAUGAGCUGGCCAAUCAGUGGUCUAGUGGAGGAUGAGCUGGCCAAUCAGUGGUCUAGAGGAGGAUGAGCUGGACAAUCAGCAGUUCACUUGCAUAAACAUUUUUAAUAACCAGUAUACGCCCACACCAUUCCAACACAGAAAAGCUGCUUUUUAACAUACAUUUACAUUUUAGUCAUUUAGCAGAUGCUCUUAUCCAGAGCGACUGUGCUUCUAUUUUACCUUUUUGAAUUGGAAAUGUGUUCUUUGCAUACUUAAUUAAAACAUUUUAGAAGGAAAACUAUUUCACUCAUAUUGUAAGUAAUUAUAGGUCAUAUUUCAUGGAAAUCUGGAAACACUGGGCAGUUACUUUAAAACAGCAACAUUUUGUCUCUACGGCCAAGAGGAGGGCCAUUGGCCACACCACCGCUGCUGAAAAACAUCUCUGCUUGCUUUCUCUAGGCUGUAGAAUCAGACAGUGACGUCCCACAUGGAGACAGAGGGGAAGGCAGAUGAGGGUUCCUCAUCUCAACGUGACCCUCCUCAGAACACUGGUAGCUACGGUAACUAGUCAUGAGUUACACAUGCUUAUCUCAACUCUGAAUCAGGCCCUUAUGCCAGGCCCUGGGCUGGCCUGGUUACAUAUUCACCAUAGUUGCUGGAACCAUGCUGGACAAGACGUGAAAAUAAAAUAUUGGUGCCAGGACAGUACGGUUUGUGUCUGCCCUGUAGUGUGAAUCAGUCACUUCAGGUGCUUUUCCACUGGCAGGCUUUGCACUAGUUUUUGGUCAAAAUAUGUUUAUUAUAAUGAUUAAAAAAUGUGGUGUGACCUUUUUGAAUUGGAAAUGUGUUCUUUGCAUAUCCCCCUCUCCCUGAUGCACCCUCAGAGAGUGGGGUCACGGUCAGGGUCUGCCAUUAUCAACGGCGGCCCUGGAGCAAUUAUGGUUAAGUGCCUUGCUCAAGGGCACAUCGACAUAUUUUUCACCUCCGAGACCUGUCCCAAAAAAGCCCCAAAAAGUCUAGGGCUAUGUACCUACCCUGACAUGAGGUCAAACUGAAGGGAGUGGGACUGGUCUUUCUACAUGUGACUGGCUAGAAUUGACAAAGUGUUUGUUAUUGCCCCUUAGAUCUCAGCCUGACUCUCCAGGACUUUCGCCCUACAGAGGACUCCCAGCCUGCAGAGAAAUCAGUCCUUGUUGAAGAGCCCAUUGUAGUGGACAGAAAGGCCAUAGAGAAACUGACAGAAGGCCUGCUCUCUCACUACCUGCCUGACCUUUACAGCUCCAAACAGGCUCUGUUGGAACUCAAGUUAGUAUUCAAGUCACAUCAGACAUUAAAACAAACACUUGGGGUACGUCCCAAACGGCACCCUAUUCUCUAUGUAGUGCACUACUUUUUGACCAGGGCCCAUAGGGCUCUGGACGAAAGUAGUGCAAUAUGAAGGGAAUAGGCUGCCAUUUGGGAUGCACUUGUUGUUUUCUCUAGUCCAGUUUCAUCUUUCAUUUUAUUAGGAGGAUAAUGAUAAUUCACUGAUCACGUCUGAAUUAGAUUCUACUUGACAAGAUAGUUAGUUUCCUCUGUCCAUGUUACAGGUGUUGUGGUGUGUGACUGUCAUGUGGUUGUAGCUCUUAUGUUCCUCUCCUUUCCUCUUGACCAGUCAAAACCAAGUCAUCCUGCUGGACACACUGGACCAAGAAGUCACCAAAUUCAGAGAGUGCAACUCCCUACUGGAUCUAAACUCAAUGGUACAUUUGACUGUCUGGCUGGCUGUCUGUGUCUGUCGCUCUGCCUGUUUCUGUCUGUCUGUCUGUUGUUUCAAACAUACACAGCAUCUGAAGAGAAUACUUUCAUUGUCCACCCCUCCUGCUCCCUGUAGGAAUGAUGUAUGUUUGAAACCGGUACUGUUUGUUUCAGUUCACAGAGGCCAAGUUGUAUCACGGUAAACUGGUGAACAUACGUAAAGACAUGAUCAUGCUGCACGAGAAGACAACUAAACUAAAGGUGGGUGAAUGUUUAUUUUCCCCCCAGAAUGGACUAUUGUUGCUUAGCUAUUGCUCACCACAUAGUUUCUUCUCCUCUCCUCCUCCUCCAUUCAUUCUCUCCUCUCCUCCUCUUUCUCCUCCUCCACCUCCUCCAUUCAUUCUCUCCUCUCCUCCUCUUUCUCCUCCUCCACCUCCUCCAUUCAUUCUCUCCUCUCCUCUUCUAUGGUAGCAGUUGAUAAGAAAUAGUUGUUUUAAAUGUAAACUUAAAUUUGAACUUACUGACAUUGACUUGAAUGGGAAACCGUGAUGAAAAGUUGUUUUAAAACACGUUGAAUUUGUCUCUCUGUCUCCAGAAAAGAGCGUUGAAGCUCCAGCAGCAGAGAGAGAAGGAGGCUAUGGAGAAAGAACAACAGAGAGAGAAGGAGCUGGAGAGAGAGAGGCAGCUGAUUGCCAAACCUGCCAAGAGAACAUAGAACCAUCCAUGAACUCUGUCCUAACUCUGGCACUGCCAACUAUACUAUAGAGCCAAAGAUGAGGGCUGCGUCGCACUUGUCUCGAGGGCUCCGACCCUGACCCCAUCUCUGGUUGUUGAACAGUAGACCAACUCAGUUCCUCAAGAUGACACAGUUCAUCCAAUCGUUGGUGUGAGAAAGUCAGACAUGAUUUGUUCUCUUGUAUGCGGAGCUGUUAGGACAAGUACUGCUUGUAGGUUGUUUUAUAUUCAGUGGUGUCAAGACGAUUACUGCUCCUGGUUAGUUUUCGUGGCCAAUCAUGCUGUUUAGAUCAGAAACAGCUCAUGCCAGCAGUGACUAUUCCUCACUUCAUCCUAAAUGUCUGUAAUAGGGAUUUUCAAGGUGAAUAAAAGAGAAGAGCAGUCGCAGAUGAAGUCAAUCAAAAUCAAUCUGGUUUAAUAUAGGUUGCAACAGGGAGACAC